GGUGGAGCGGGACACAAACUCUGACUGGGCUGAUGGACGAAGAACAGCAGGGGAAUGGCAGAGCCCCCCUGUCACCUCGGGCAGGGUGCACCAAUGUCCGCACUGUGCCUACAAUACUUUUGAUUCCUUUAAGUUGCGUAGACAUAUAUUGAAGCAUACUGGAGAGAGACCUUUCUCUUGCCCAUAUUGUUCUUAUGGCACUACUCGGAAAGAACUUCUCAAGGAACACAUUAAUAUCCAUACUGGUGGAGCAAGAGGCUAGCUAUCCAUGGACAGAUGGAAGAAGAACAGCAGGAGAAUGGCAGGGCCUCACCUCCUCGAGCAAGGUGCAUCAGUGUCCACACUGUGCCUACAGUACUACCG